UAUAUAGAUAGGGAUAAAAGUUUUGCAAUUCUUUGCCUUUUAUUUUCACUCUUUUUUGAAAUUAAUAAAUCUCGACUACCAAAAUUGCGCCUCGGCCAUGGCGACCGUCGUCCCCUCCACCGCCCUCGCCCUCGCCCUCCGAAACCUUAACCCUAAUUCCACCCUCCUCUUCCUACCCAAAUCCCUCCGAUCCUCCCCGUCCCUCCUCCGCCUAACCCCUCCCAACUCCCUCCGCCUCCGCCUCUCCCGCCCCUCCAAAUCCCUCGCCGUCUCCUCCUCCCUCGCCUCUCCCCCGCCGCCGCCCCCCAUCCUCCUCUCCGACUCAACCCGAACCCUCUCCUCCCUCCUCGCCCUCGCCCUCUCCCUCUCCGUCUCCAACGCCGCACCCACCGCGGCGGAGCUUGCCGAGAGCCGGGACCUCCGGGGGACCCUCGCCUGCGCCGUGGGCCCCCUCUUCUUCGCCGCCCUCAAGGACCGGCCCAGCGGGUACCUCAACACCCCGCUCACCGUAGUCGCCUCCGGCAUGGCCAAGUGGCUCGACAUCUACAGCGGGGUUCUCAUGGUUAGGGUCCUUCUCAGCUGGUUCCCCAACAUCCCCUGGGAUCGCCAGCCCCUCUCGGCCAUUAGGGAUCUCUGCGACCCUUACCUCAAUCUCUUCAGGAACAUAAUCCCGCCGGUGUUUGGUACCCUGGAUGUAAGCCCCCUUCUUGCUUUCGCCGUCUUGGGGACUCUUGGUUCGAUUCUUAACAACAGCAGAGGGAUCUAUUGAAGGAGCUGCGGACAAAGAAGACUGCAUGAGUCAUUGUGAUCUGUAAUUGCCGCGGUGCAUCAAACUCCAAUAAUUUUCAGUAAAAUAAGAACCAUAACUGGAAGCUGUAUCCAAUAUUUUGUUUGGGGUUAUUCAUAUUUAACCGCUAUUUGAUGACCACUUUCUUUUUGAAAUACUUGCCCAAAAAAUUUCAUGAUAUUGUUGUUGGUUUCUUCAUUUCUUCCAUGGAGCUCAUUCCAUCAUUUCUUCUUAGUAAUUUCCUCUGUCGAUUGUUUGUUGGAUAUGUGUCUCGCUGCCCAAGUGAGGCUAACAGUGUAGAACCUACAUGAACAUGAACACCACCAACAAUGCUAGUUCCGGAGCUUUUACCAUCAGUUCUCGUGUGCGGCUUUACGAUUUUGGUAUCUCCAUUUGAUCUAAGAAACUGUUUUAAUGAACAUCCAUCGUACCCAAAAAUUGCUGCUGGAUGGUUGGGGGUGAGAGAUGUGAUUUGUGCAAAUCUCGAAGCGUCAGAUCUCAGUCUGCACUCCAAUCAUGUGGAUACCAGAGAUGACUUGGUGGGUAGAUCAAGGAGGCCUCAGAAUGUUACCCAGAUUUUAUCAGUGGCAGUGUCAAUUUUUAUGCCCUUGCGCGCGCGUGAGGUUGUUCUACACAAAAAAUUUGAGCGCGCGAAAUUUGCAUAUUCUAAGACUUUGAGGUUGCUUUACUAGCAUAUAC